UGUUUGUUUACAUGUUUGUUUUUUUGUUUUUGUUUUUGUUUUUUUAGGGAAACUAUUUAUUUAUUUAUUUGAAAGGUUGAGGUGGUUGAUUUUCUUUGCCAAGUAAGAUCUUGCAACAAAGCCUGAACAGGGCAUCUGUGGGGAAACUGGGGGGACACUGGCAGUUUCCUCAUCAAGACAUUUCUGUCUGGAUUUAUGUCUUUGGACACAAAAUGCAUUUCUGUUAUCUUGUGAAUGUUUUAGAGACAUGUUUACUGAGUCUCUCUGUCAUCAGUGCAACUAAAUUCACUUUCAGUUUGAUUGAUCAUUGAUAACCAGUUCUUCCAGAGCUAGUCUACUUGUCUAUGACGGCCAUACAACCACACAGGGAGGUAACGUGGACCAUUUUUCAGGAGGAAAUGGUGAAACUGAUAACGUUCCUGGUGAUGAAUGAUUUGUUGAAAAGCAUUUUCCUCCUCCAGCUACCGCUUACGUAUGUGCCUCUGUCUUCACCUGUCCACCUGCUGCAAACCAUUCAUUCCAACUAAAAUCGUGCCCAACAAUCUAUGCAAAUAUCACUUCCCACUGUAAACACCCCCCUGAAAACCCCCAGCUUUCACAACACUUUCCCUCUGAAAUGAAGCAACCCCUUUCAAGCACAUUAUAUGCUUUGGUUAAACUGAGAAUCUGCCAAAGCUAGCAGGAAACUCAGGAAAGAAGAAAGCAUCAUUGAAGUGCCUCAGGGAGUGAAACGCUUGCCCCCACCACCAUCCACCUUGAGAAUUUGUCUCUGCAUGCAGGUAGCUUUCAGAGAAAAGCCCAGGAAAUGAUGUGGGCUCCAAUCAAUUGUAUGAUUUAGCAACGGGAAUGCCUCUCAUUUUUCAUGGAAUCAUAGGAUUAUGAUUGGCUGUUCACAUCCUUCCAAAGGACGAUUAGGCUAUAUAAAGCUCAGGUUAGUCCUGCAUUCAAUCACAGCAGCUACGCUCACCAAAGGAGAUUCUCGAGACCAUCAGAUAUCUCACACUGUCAGACGGCACGAUGUUUACACCGACAGUUUCAGAGAAGGCCAUCUUUUCAGUGGUGUCAGUGCUGAUCCUGCUGGCCACUGCAGGCCAGUCUGCAACACUAGUAGAUAACUCUGAUCCAACAGCCAGCCCUGCUCCAUCAGACCUCACGCUGACGACUCGGCUUGACAAUGGCAGUAUGGAGGAGCCUCGAGUUCAGCGACUGCACGCACCAUGCAGGGAGGAACAUGCUGACUAUUGUCAAAACGAUGGACAGUGCAUGUACCCACAGGACACAGACACUCCUUUUUGCAUUUGCAAGCCUUCGUACAGCGGGGUACGGUGCAUGAACAUCAUUGGGGGCUCUCAGUCUCCGGCCAGCUAUGAGGAACUGAUUGGCAUCAGCGUGGGAGUGGCCGCGCUCAUCUUUGUCCUGGUUAUCGCAUUUUACUGCUGUGUCCGCAAGAGGUGUACCAAAUCAGCAUCACUGAUAAAACAUGCACCAUCUGAGACCUCAGUGUGACCAGAACGGUUCACUGCUCCUUGUCGCUAUCACCACCACCAUCAUCAUCAUCAUCAUCAUCACCGCCACUAUCAUGAUCGUCACUGACUCAGCAUCAUGUUUCAUCAGCUUUUUGCAUUUAAUGUAAACACAGCGAUUUCAUCUUAUUACAUAACCUAUGGCAAUGAAAAUGACAGACAACAGAAUGAGCCUCAA